CAGCUGCUACAAAAAACUUUUUGUUCUACAUUAAACGCGAGCGCUGUAAUUUUGGCUUGGAAUUAGUGAAAAAAUUUUAACGCAAAAAUAUAUCAAAAUGAAGCUGCUGCACAAGACAAUCUUGUGCACGCUUAUAGCGAUGGUCGGCUGCCUUAUAUUUGUCGCCGCACAGAGUAAGCAACAGAAGUCGGGUCUGUCUCUGUCGGAGAAGGUUCAGAAUCUGGUGGAUAUGAACAUGAAGAAGCCCCUGUUGCGUUUUAAUGGAGCCAAAUUCCGCGAGUAUGUGAAAAAUACGCCGCGCAACUACUCAAUGAUUGUGAUGCUCACGGCGCUGGCGCCUUCGCGGCAAUGCCAAAUUUGUCGCCAUGCCCAUGACGAGUUUAGUAUUGUGGCUAACUCGUAUCGUUUCUCGCCAAUCUACUCCAAUAAGCUGUUCUUCGCAAUGGUCGAUUUCGAUGACGGUUCGGAUGUCUUUCAAAUGUUGCGUCUUAAUACCGCGCCGGUGUUUAUGCAUUUCCCCGCCAAGGGCAAACCAAAGGGUGCGGAUACUAUGGAUAUUCAUCGUGUAGGCUUUGCUGCCGAUUCAAUUGCCAAAUUUGUGGCCGAACGUACAGACAUCACAAUACGCGUAUUCCGUCCUCCCAACUAUUCCGGCACAGUUGCCAUGAUUACUCUGGUUGCCCUCGUGGGCAGUUUUUUGUACAUACGCCGAAACAACCUGGAAUUUUUGUACAACAAAAAUUUAUGGGGUGCUGUGGCGUUGUUCUUCUGUUUCGCCAUGAUCUCGGGUCAAAUGUGGAAUCACAUACGUGGACCACCGCUGGUGCAUAAGACACAAAAUGGAGGCGUCGCCUACAUACAUGGUUCAUCGCAGGGCCAGCUGGUCGUGGAGACGUACAUUGUAAUGUUUUUGAAUGCUAUGAUUGUGCUGGGCAUGAUUCUGUUGAUCGAAUCCGGCACCCCAAAGGCUCACAAUCGUAAUCGCAUGAUGGCGAUGGCUGGUCUAGUGCUUUUAACGGUAUUUUUCUCAUUUCUGCUUUCCGUAUUCCGUUCCAAGGCGCAAGGUUAUCCAUAUAGCUUCUUGUUUAAGUAAAAAUUGAAGCCCCAAAUGAGGUUAUUAACGUUUUAUAAAUAGUUCAAAUUC